AUGGAAGCAUUAGGUAUGGAGGACCAAGAAGAGAGGGAGCACAUGCUGCGUGAACUAUCACGCCGCUUUGAGAAGGUCUUGUCGGCCGACAGGGAAAUUGUCCACCAGAUCAGCGAGGAAAUGGCAAGCCUGGAAAAGGAGUUGGCACGGAUCGAAGAGACCACUCUCCAGGCAGAUCAUCGGUUCGUGCAGGACUCACAGACGAGUGAUCGACUGGCAGAAGAAGCCAAGCAGCUGGAGCACAAAGUGGCUGAAGCUCAAGGACGUCUUCUGGAGCUGAGGGAUGAAUGCCGGGCUAUGAAUCUCGAGAGCCUUUCCUUGCGAAAAGAUCGGAAUCAUCUCGUGGAGGAGCUUGGAUUCUUGCAGCGCUCCCUUGAUGAUGAAAUGCACACGCUGCACUCUCUCGAGCAGAUGAAUGGCAGCUUCCAGGCCUUUCAAGCUGACAUGGAAGCAAAUGCAGAGCUUCUUCUCCACCAGCGGAAGGAAUUGAUCAGCCAGGUGAGCAAGGAGCGUGAGCUGUCACGACAAGAUGCCCGGCAGAACAGCGAGCUCAGGAAUCUGCUGGAACGCAGGAGACGAGAGCAGGCGGCAUUGGUUUCGCAUCAUAGACAGUCUCCUACACCAGCAGACUUGACAAUUGUCAAGGUAGGGGACGGCAUGUCAUCGUCUCACAUUCCAGAUGGUCAUACCUGGGCGUCUUUCCUAUCACAGACAAGCACCAGCGAUAAAGAGAAAGCUGCUGCCAGAUGA